AUCUUAUCCACACAGUUAUUUGUAGGCUACUACUGUACAUCUAGCUAUAUUUGGCAAAAAGCCUCCACUUGAGAGAAAUGUGAACGAAAUUACGCUCUGUUUUGCUCUGUGAGUUUUUUCUCUCUCUCUCAUUACGUGCGCGCGCGCAUGUGACAUCAUUGAUGGGAUUGGCUCGCCCCGGCUGGGGAGGAGAGACUCUUCUACAGGCUACAGAAAGAGAAGAGGAGUGAGGGACAGAGGGUAGUUUCCAUUAGCUCCGCGCAAGACCAGCUCCACGAACCACGCCCCGGGGGACCGGGGACACUGUGGCCCCCAAGUGUCCAAACUCUUGUGAUGGAACGGACAGUGGACAUCGAAGAUGAGCUUUUGUUAUAGGUCUCAGAUUGACAAGAUGAAGUUCGGGAAGAGCAUCUGCGUACUCAACGUAGGGGGAACCCGGUACGCCUUCACCCGUGAGGUGAUUAGGGAUUUCCCUCUCCGGCGCGUCAGCCGUCUGCAUGCUUGCGCAACGGAGAAAGAGGUUCUUGAACUGUGCGAUGACUACGACCAGGACCGGAAUGAGUUUUUCUUUGACCGGCACGCGCAGGCUUUCGUGUUCAUCAUGCUGUACGUGCGCUACGGUAAACUCCGCUUUGUGCCCGGAGUGUGUGAGCUCUCCUUCUACACAGAGAUGCUCUACUGGGGACUGGAGAGCGUGCACUUGGACUCCUGCUGCCAGAAACGCCUGGACGACAGGAUGUCCGAGAUCGGACUGGACAAUCUGUCCGAGAUUGACGUCGGAGUUUUGGGGGAUGAGUCCCAGAGCUCUGGCGAGCCGUUGCAACGGAUUGCGCUCACUAGGCGCGAAAAAUGGCUCGAGAAGAUGCGCAAGACGUUCGAGGAGCCGAACUCCUCGCUUUUUGCCCAGCUUUUGGCUUUAGUGUCUGUGAUAUUUGUGCUCGUUUCUAUGAUAAUGCUGUGUGCGAGCACCCUGCCGGACUGGGAUACAGCCAAGAGAAAUACUGUGGAUGAACACAGGAUAGUGGAAGCCGUGUGUAUGGGCUGGUUUACAGCAGAGUGCACAGUGCGCUUUCUGGUGGCCAGAAGCAAGUGGGACUUCAUCCGGCGGCCGCUGAACAUCAUCGAUGUGAUUGCCAUCACUCCUUACUAUGUCACCAUGGCGAUGGCCCAGGCAGGGAUACCAGGCGCUGGGCUCGGGGUUGUUGGAGUUAUGCUGCGGGUGCUCAGGAUGAUGCGCGUGUUCUGGCUCAUGAAGCUGGCCAGACACUUCAUAGGCCUGCAGACUCUGGGGCUCACGCUCACACGCUGCUACCGGGAGAUGGUCAUGCUGAUGGUGUUUGUUUUCGUCGCCAUGGCAAUAUACAGCGCUCUAGCCCAGCUGCUGGAGUACGGGUUGGACUUGGGAACGCAGAACCCGGAUUACGACAGCAUCCCAGCAGCCGCCUGGUGGGUCAUCAUUUCCAUGACGACAGUGGGGUAUGGGGACGUGUACCCUGUGACAAUUGGGGGACGGGUACUCGGGGGAAUGUGUGUCGUGAGCGGCAUUGUUCUCUUGGCGCUGCCGAUCACGUUCAUCUACCACAGUUUUGUACAGUGCUACCAGGAACUCAAACUCCGUUCUGCCAGAUACGCACGCAGCCUGUCAGUGGAGAUGCUGAAAUGAGCAUGCAUUUAUACCGAAACCUCCAUCAGAAAGAAACUCAAGAAACCACUGGACUGCUGAUCCCAUUAUCAGAUAACAAUUUACUCUGAUUCCUGCCUGAGCUGCACCUGAUUUUAAUUGGCCUGUCUAGUUCCUUCCUGUUGUGUUGAUGAUCUCCAAUCAUGGUCUUCAACCAGCAUGCUCUGCAUCCAUCUUCUUCUCAACAACACCACUUGGACCGAAGAAAAGGAAUAAAUAAUGAUUUAUUAAAGACAGAUAGGCACAAUCAAUCCAGUUUUCACAGCGGCGGCUGUAUAUUCGGUAUUCCCAUGACUACAACAUUAGCGGAGACGAUGCUUACGUGUAUGUGCUGCAUCCAGUGCUGUGUGUGUGUGUGUGUGUGUGUGUGUGUGUGCGCACGUUUGUUUGUUUGUCUGUCCAUCAGCUUUACAUCCAGAUGGAACAAGUUACACAAUAUUAAUGUGUGACCUAGAUGCAUUAUGCAACCUAUGAAAUAUAUGACAUUGAACAUGUGAGUGGGAAAUGGGGAUGCAGAGGGACUACAGAGAGGGUUUUGUGUGUCGUGGCUUAAGCCAAGGAUAAUGAAAUAUAGAGACAGGGCAAGAGCAAGCACUCCAAGGUGGCAGACAAAUAAAGGUUUGACAGCGCAGAUGGAGCGGGAAAUAGUGGAUAAAAGACUCCUGGGACAAAAAUGACAAAGAGAUGACAGAAUGUAGGCCAACCGCGAGCACAAAGAAUGAAUAUAUGGAGAGCGGGUUGUUUCUCUAUUUGCAAGUGAAUGGAAGGUAUUUUGUAUUUCUGUGUCUCCAGGCAACAACCUCCAUCUGCCAACAUGUCAAUCAUAAUAGUGGUUUGUUUUUGCAUACAAAUAGGCCAUGUCCACACACACCACUCCUGGCUGGCAUUGUUGGUUUGCUAAUGAUUGGGAACAUUACAUCACAGGAUUUUUUUUCAUGACAAAAUAUUUAAUAAAAGAAUAAUGGGAAAAAAAUUUACAUGAUGGUUCUGACAUUCGUGAAUUAGACACGUUUCCACUGGUCGUGGUUUGCCAAGAUGAUGUGAUUCUUUGAAGAGACACAUGAUCCAAAAAAACAAGACAACACCUCUCCCACACAACAGUCUUUCGCUGCAUCUCCUCUUCCUCCUGUUGCCAUCAACCAUCCUCUUUUUAAAUACACACACACACACACACGCACAGACGCACACACACGACCUAUCACGCUCUUUUGUUGCAAACAUUAAACAAGUCUGUUAAUUAACUGUCGGUCCUUGAAUAUAAAGUCUAAUUUGUUAUUUCCUCACAAACUGUGCAGCCUUGUAUGAGUUCAGUGUUUAUUGUACACAAAAUAUAUUACACUCUCGCUCUUGUUGUGUUAUCAGUGUGCUUUUUAAGUAGUCACAAAAAUGAGAGUUAAUCAAUAUUUUACCACCUUGCCUACAGCACAGUUUUUAAAAUGUAUUUGGCAUAGCUUAUAGCCCAGAGAAUUUUGGCCAGGCCUAAUUAAAACCAUCAAUCAAAAACUUGUCAUCAGUAGAUUAUGAACUUGUGAUAAAUGUGAUUAAUGUUGAGCUUUUAUAAUAAAAUCUCUCAGAGCAAAAUGUC